AUGGUGGUAGGUAAGGUACCUAUGCAACACACCCAAACAAAGGGGCGGAUGUCGAUUAUAAAAAUCCAGAAUUUAGCUGUAUACAAGCGACAAUCUAUCUACAGAAUCCUGUAUGGGUUGCUGCUUAUACUCAUCGGAAUUGUCAUGAUUGUGAUAAACCCCAUUGAAAUUAUCACAAACAGGUUUUUAGCGAUGGAAGAGGGUUCUUUCCUGUACAACAUGUGGGAGAGUCCGCCUUAUGAUGUCUCCACAGAAGUAUGGGCUUUUAACUACACUAAUGUCGAGGAGUUCCUCUCAGGGGAGGACACAGUACUGAAGUUACAAGAAAUAGGCCCGUUCGUAUACCGAGAGAUGAGAACAAACAGGAACAUGAGUGUAGACCCAGAUCGAGGUGUGAUGACUUUGACACCAGAUAUUGAGAUGCGGUUCGAUUUAGAAACUUCCAUAGCGGAUACCAAAGACGUUAAUUUGUAUAUGCCAAAUAUUGCAGUCAUUGCGAUGAGUACCCUUUUCGCAGACAAACUUAACUAUUUCCUAAACGCUGGUGCGUACUUCUCCUUAAAGACCUUAGGGUCCCAACUCUUCCGGAAGAUGACAGCAGAUGAAAUCUUCUGGGGAUAUCAAGACAAUAUUGUAACCAUAGUGAACAAGUUGCUGCCUGGUUGGAUUGACUUUGAUAGACUUGGAAUUUUAGAUAGGAUGUAUGCACUUGCUAACAAACAUGAAAAUGUUGAAGUAGAAUUAGGUGAUGUAAGCAGAAAAUUCUCCAUCAACGAGUGGGAUGGUUCAGAAGGCAUUAGGGAACGAGAUUUCGAAUAUUUGAAUACCAGUACACCCUGCAAUCGAAUCAAAGGCGCAUAUGAAGGUAUAAUGUUUCCACCCGACAUCGAUACAGAAAAAAUUAUGCCCAUAUAUAGGAAGCAAGCGUGUGGAAUCCUUCCGUUCCAGUUUAACAGACAAACUAAAGAGAAAUAUGGUUUUAAUUAUUACAGGUUCGAGUUGGACAAGGCAUCAUUUGACAAUUCAUCGGAAUAUGCAUGCGAAUGUGAUUACAACUGUUUACCGAAUGGAUUUGUCGACAUAGGAAACUGUUACUAUGGUUUUCCUAUCGUCUUAUCCAAGGUACAUUUCCUCGAUGCAGACCCGUCACAAAUAAAACAUUUUGAAGGAUUACACCCAAAUCCUGAGUUGCACAAUUCGUUUAUGGAGAUGGAACCAACAAUUGGCAUUCCGUUGUCUUUGAAAAUGAAUUUCCAAGUGAACAUGGCCGUCAGAAUGUCAAAUGGCAAUCCCAUAACUCGGCCGGUAGAAAACAAAAUCCUACCUAUACUUUGGUUAUCAAUUACAUGCAAUUCACCUCCACCGUAUAUCUUAACACUGUUAAACUUACGCUUGAGGAUUGGCCCACCUUUAAUAAUCACAAUAGAAAUUGUGCUGCUCAUCUUGGGAGCUGUCCUCGGAAUCCACAGCUUCUACAGGAUCUACAAGCCUCGCUACAAACUUGUGGAGCCUAAGAAUGAAAUAAGGGACAUAGACCACAAAAAUAGUAUUAUUUAUAGAAGUGAUAACAUUAUUUAUAAAGACGAAACAUUUGGUAAUCAAGGCAUUAAGUUUUUAUCAAAUGAAUUGCCCGAUUGA